GUGUUAUUUAUUCGGUAAUGAGCUGUCUAUGUCUUCGUAUUAUAGACAACAAAACUCAUUCACUAAUGUCUGGCAAUGCCUAAAAGCAGACUUUUAGAGUAUACUCUGAAGGUAUAUAUUUGUGAAUUAAAUGCAGAAGUCACUAGCAGAUGCUGCUAAGGGCUGCAGAGUUACAUUAAGAGAAGAAACAUUAAUAAAAUUUCGUCCUUCGCCUAAUUUCAAAAAUAUGAAGAAGUUCAUAAAAUCGAAAAUAGAUUUUACAGAGAACUGCAACCAGUCCCAUUAUCAUGGGACAGAACAUUCACCAACAAAUACUUCGCCAGAACCAAUAACGUCACUGGAGGAGCAGAAAGCUUUGCUGGAAAAGGCAAAGCAUGCGCAACCUCCCUUACCACUAGAACCUCCACCCACUACCCCAAUUGACUUUAGCCUACCACAUAAACAAGAAAUUGAAGAUCAUGGAUAUCAGAGCAGAUUAAGAUCGCCUACACUAAAUCUUCAUGAGACCAGUGAGGUCUCCUCACUAUCAUUACCAACAGAUUAUGAUACAUCACAAGUGGAAGCCAGUGUAAAACCAGAAAAAACCAUGUGCAGAGACUACAUAAGAGGAACUUGCAGUAGGGCAGGGACAUGCGUAUAUGCUCAUGAACUAAUUCUGUCGCAGUUACCUGGUGUAUACACAUUCUGUAAAAACUUUCAGAAUACACGUUGCACAUUUCCAUAUUGCAAAUAUGUACACGCAUCAAUAUCUGAAGAGCAAAGGUUUUACAGGACUGGAGAGAUUGCUUUUGCUCACCACAAGAAGCCUCCGCCAGCUCCCAUGCCGACAGUACUAGGCCCACCACCUCCACCUCCACCCGAAGAGCCAGCUCCUGUGCCGAUGUUUGCAAAUCCCCCACCUGUAUUGGUUCCCACUGUUCCCAGUGUUGAAAAACCUCUUAUCUCGUGCGUGCCGCCUGCUAACUUGGAGCCAAGGACUAUGGACGAUUUCAUGAUCGCUCCACCGCCGCGCGACCUCGACCACAAGGCAAAAAAAUGCAAAAAUUGCGACACAAUGGAAUUCAGAUUGCAAUUCAAUAAGGAUAAGGCUGAAAAUAUGAGACAGUCUACAGUGGAGCUAAAAAAUAAAGUGGCGCGUUUGUCGAGGAAGUCGCAGACAUUAUAUACUGUGCUGUUGUCGCUUAUGAAGCCGCAAGUCAGUAAAAGACAAGAAGGGCUCAACGGAUUGUCUAUGUCUUCACUUCUCAGCAUUGUCGGCGACUCAGAAAAGAAUAUUCUUUCUAAUCUGCUGCUGAAGGACGCCUCGGAGCAGAGCCUCCUCUCCGAGAUCCGGGACCCGUGCUCGUAACUUACACACGGGACCUUACUUAUGAUACGCCGUGAGACUUUAUAUAGACUCAGUGUGCAAUUGCCCCAUCCUACAAACAAAUAAUCCUACUCUUAUACUUUCAAAGCGAAACCUAGGGUAAACCAUACAAGGGUUGGCACCCACACCAACUGCACGAACUCCCAGUCGAGAGGCCAGCAGUAGUACAGUUUACCCUAUUACUUUUUGUGCCAAACGCGCAGCCAGGUUACGUACUUUGUACUUCCCAUUUUUAUAGAACUGUGAACGAAUGACUGACAUAAUAGUUCAGAAUCGUACGAAAAUAAUCAGUUCUGGAGAAUGAUGGGUGGUGCUGUUCAGAUCGCACUAGCCUAAAGAGACUAGCGAACCGCUUGUCUUAUAGCGAAGUAAGCAAUCUCAAAUAACAUAUAUAUUAUGAUAAAUGGCGCCUAACUUAUAUAUCGGCUUUAAGAUUCAUCUCAGAGUAUUAGCUAUUCAUUUUAUACACGGUAAAGAGCUUAUAAAAAUCUGAAUACGGUUUAAGUUAUUUCAGCGAUCGAAUAUAAAAUUUGAAGCCGGCGAUAAUACAAUUUACCAUUUUACAUGCCUAACGUAUCAUGCCACACUAUGUUUCAAAAUUUAACUAGUUAGUUUUUCCGAAAUACAUUACUUCACCGAAUCAGUAGUAAGUAUCAAUAUGAUGAAUGUAUGAAUAUGAAAAGUGUGUGCGUGUAAUCGUUACCCGCGAUUGAAGUUGAAAACUUCUUUGCCGUUUAUCGCUAUGUUGGCACUUUGACGUGUGUCCUAUUGUGCGUGUGUUACUACUGAGCGUAACUUCCGUCAGAAAAAAAUCUGAGUUACCCUCUAGUCGUGCCUAAAGAAGUUUUACUUCAAAAAUCAGUCUCUUGUGGUCAUUUUAAUGUCAGUAAAUGUUGAAUUCGAAUCUGAAAAAAUAAUUAUUAGAUAGCACAGUUCCUUAACAUAAAGCGUAUAAAUUAUUAAAAGCACACGCAUUGUGCAACUGCACAUAUUUAGGAUUCAAGCACUGAUAUAAUUGCGUGUUAGUUAUGUAAAGUUGCAUAAAUAGGUAUGUAACUAAAAAAUUAUGUCGAUAUGACUAUGGAGUUGAGUGAAAAACAAAAUAUAAUAUUUUAUCAUGAAUAAUUUAAAUACUUCUCCGAGUAAUUGUAAGUGGAAUGAUAAUUUUAAGUAUAUAUAGUUUACGAUAGAAAUUACAUGAUUAGGUAUGUAAGUUUUGGUAAUGUUUAGUUUUUAGUAUAAGUAGGUAUAUAGGUACGGAGCGAUGGGAGCAUGCGCUAAUUAUUGUAUAGCUCGCAGCCAAUUAUGUUACCUUUCACUUCAACAUUUACAUUACUUACCUUUUGGGCACGAAGCUAUAGGUGCCUAAAGCGGAGGAAGCACUACGACCAAAAAGUGUGACCAAACGAGAAGUCAAACUACAGAAUUACAUCUAGUUUGGAAUACGGGAGAAACGACGUCAUUUGACAAUAUAGUUAGCAAUUCAAAAAGCACUAGUGCUUCACGUCAAUCCACGGUGACUCGCGUUUCUUCAUAGUCACUAUAAGUGACGGUCUUCUCGAAUAUUUCAAAUUUAUUGCUGCCUGUAUCGAAAACUUGGUAAUAAUGUCACAAAGUGUGAAUAAUAAAUAGUUAUAUAUCUCAAUAUAUAUAAUAAUAACUUGUGUAAGUGUGAGACACAGUCUUUGGGUUUGAUGCUCUCUUCUGGACAGCACUUUUUGGUCAAAGAGCUCAAUCUACUCUAGGUAUAUCUUCGUGAUUUUGGGUCGGCACGUGACGUUUUGACUCGCAUUUUAUUGAAAUGAUUGGUCUGAUCCAAGCGGCGGGGCUGUAGAUUGUAGAGUAUGAAAAUGAGUAACUCACAGACGGAUAAAUACGCUAAAAGUAAUAAAGUUAUGUAGGCCGUAAAACAAAGACGUAAUACAGUCAGAAGCAGAAGUGACUAAGCGCACACGCGCGCCCUUAUUUUCUUAACAAUAAAGUUGUAUCCAAAUUAUGUUGAAUAUCUUACCCGCCUAGUAGCUACUUUUGCUGUUUAAUGUGUGUAUCUACAUUUAUAAUUCUUCUGAUCUCAUAAAAUAUUUAAAAAAAGUGCCUAUUAGUUAGGUUAGGAUAAUCAAUCGUUUUAUAGAAUGAUCAAAAUUAUAAGUGUUAUGCGUGUUGUAUAAGAAGAUAAUGUUUCAAUGUGUUAGUCAUAAGAAAAUUAUUAGAAAGGUACCUACAAAGGGUUGCUAAGAAAUCAAUAAUAAUUAGGUCAGGAUUACACUUGUAAGUUUUACUUACGUAAGUAUGGACACAGCUAUACUACAGAAUGAGAUAUGAAUAUCGUUAUCUCAUUCUAGCAAAUAGCUUUGUCCCUACUUACGUAAGUAAAACUUACAAGUGUAAUCCUGGCCUUAGAGAUAGACCAAGAUAAGUCUGCAACGAUUUUGAUAGCAUACGCAGUGCAAGUGUUAUUUAUAAGUACGUCAUAAUUUCAUAGAAGUUUGACGUUUAAAAAAACUUGCACUUCGUGUGCUACCAAAAUCGUUGCAGACUUAUCUUGGUCUAACUCUAGUAUAGAUACCAGACCAGACCGCUUGGCAUGGCUUGCGUUUUCGGAUGCGGCUUCAUAUGUCAAGCGCGACUUUGAGUAUGGAAACGCGCGCGCAUGUCAUGCUAAGCUGUCAAGAACAGAGGAACACAGAUUGUAUAUUAGAAAUCAUUUAAUAUUAUUUUCACCACACCAGCUGGUAAAGGCUCUUUUGAUUGUUCAAAAACUGAUAAGAAAGUUGCAUUUUAUCCACAUGUGAGGCAAAGUAAUCAAAUGAAAAUUUUGAGCUGUUUGCUUAUGUUUGCUGGUAGAAUUUACUUAUAAAUGAUAAAUAUUUAACGAUGCGUUCUGACGUUUUUCGGGGGUCUAUUAUAAACCGUCAAUAUACCGUACCGUUGAACGUCGUUUGUAGUUUUUUUGUCUCUUUUUUUCUGUUAAUGACGUGACAGGGACAGAGAUAAUAGAAUCCAAGUAUUUCGAACUUUUAUUAGGCCCCGCAUGUUGAAAUGACAUUUGAAUAUAAAGGUCACUUGAAUGCAUCUUGAAUGGCAUUUUGUCACACUCAGUGCGAUUUUGCUCACUGUUUUUAAGUAGCAAAGUACCCUUGUUCUAGCUGCUGAGGUGAAAAUUAUAUUUCUUAAUUAUAUUGAUAAACAAAUGCCCAGUACAUGUUUUCAUUCCUUUUAGUUCACCUAAAAAGUAUGUUUAUUUUGUCGCUUUUUCCGCUCUUUUUUUUUCUCAUACACAAGGAAAUAGCCCACCCUUACAUUUGUGAAAAAAAAAAAAAAAAAAAAAAAUGAACAGGUAGGUAAGUUAUGUUAUGUGUGCUCUCAUCGCGCCAGUCUCCGUUGACCAUAUUGUAAUUACAAUCGUGUUAGCUCAUCAAAUGCACUUAUUAAAAUAGACACUAUCAUAAAAUACUUAAGAUAUAGUUAGAUAGUUAUAUUCUUAUUUAUUACAAUAUUCAGAAGAAAAAUACGUACUUGCGCAAUCAUUAGGAUAAGUGGCCGUAAUGUUGUAGAUGAUUAAUUAAAGACUGGCUAGCUGAAGGUGGCAGUAGCAAGUAGGUAGUCAAACAAAGAAAAGUCUGCAGAGAUUUUGACAGCACACGCAGUGCAGGUGUUAUUUUAAAUGACAAACCUAUGAAAUUAUGACGUAUAAAUAACACUGUCACUGCGUGUGCUGUCAAAAUCUCUGCAGACUUUUCUUGGUCUAACUCUAUUAUACUUUUGGUAUUCACGCAUUUUUCUGACAGUGCCUGAGUGUAGUGUAGUGGGCUACCACAGUUGACUGGUCCUGGCUAUGUUAAAGUUAGCGAGCAAUCGCGGUGUAGCACGGCCAAGUAUUUAAAAAUUAUUUAUAAAAGGUGCGUUUAGUCCAGAUCUGCCGAUUGCUCCGCUAGCGCGCCGUUCACAUGUCGCUCGCGCACUGCACUUCUAAUGCCGAGCAGUUAGAAGUGCAGUGCGAAAGAAAUGUUCUAACAUGCAGGGGCAUUCCCCACACCUGUACAGCUACCACUAGUUUGGCACUUUGGCAGUUUGGCACCAUAGAAUAAAAAGUAAAUUACGUGAAUAUUAUAUUAUAGUACUUUUCAAACUCGAUGGGUAGGAUGACAGCUUUAAUUUCAAUACAAUUUUGCGAGAUUUGGCGUUUUUAGGUUAUAAUAUAAGUUAUAUGGAGAUGACCCCUGUCAUUCUAUAUCGAGUUUUAAAUAUAUUAUACAGACCCCGGACUUUUUUCGCAAUGAUGUCACAAUAGGGAAGUUUGGGGUGCCAAUUGUCAAUACAAAUAAAUCCAAGCAACCGUUAUAAAUCAUGCUUAAUGGAUAUAUUCUGCUAGAAGACGUAGCCUAACCGCAAGUCAUUUAGAACAACUUUUGAUCUGUUACGGGGAGUUGUUAACGAAAGAACAACAUCGAUAAAUUAAUCAAUUGACCACUAUUUACUUACUGGAAAUUUAUAUCGUGAAUGCCUUUCGUAUGCUUAGGAGCAGAUCUGCUCCAUAUAUAUACAACUCUAGCAUGAAGUGGUCACGAUUGCUAUUUAUAUGGCAAUUUUUUGACAUGCGCAUACGAAAGGUUAAUUAACACCGCUCCAUUUACUCCCCAAACUACCCUAUUCUGACGUCAUUGCGACGAAAGUCCGGGGUCUUUAUAGCGUUAGCGAUUACACCUCUCGCGUCGAAUGAUCUCUAAAUAGAUGACGGAUUGAUGAAAUAUGUUUUACCCUACUUUAAUAUGUAUUAUAUUUCUAUAGUACAUUACUACAGAGGCCGGAUGUUAUGAGGCCGGCAACCCCUAUUCACGCCGAGGUAUGUGUGCUUUUCUCAAACAUGCAAUGAAAUAAACGAAAAAAGUCCACGAAACGAAAGUUUUAUUUAUAGAUAAUGACAUUCAAACUUUAUUUAAACUCUCAUACAUAACCGGGAAUCGAACCUGUUCAAUAUUCUUUAUGUAAUCGCAUGUAGUAUUUUUUUGUAUAAUUGAGCCUGAAAGUAUAAGGUUAAGCAUGAAAGAGUUAAAAAAAAUUGAAUGCCAUUAUUAUUAAAUCUAAAAUCGAAGCCAUGGUUCCUAAGAACAGAUGUCGCUAUCUCUCAUAGUUUCAGACUUCUCCCUACUGACCCAUUUCGAUUGAUCACUG